AUGAGAGUGCUGUUGACCAAUGAUGAUGGUCCCCUGAAUGACCAAUUCUCCAAUUAUAUUAGGCCAUUCGUGCAAACACUAAAACGCCUUUAUCCGCACUGGCAACUCACUAUUUGUGUACCACAUGUGCAAAAAUCAUGGAUCGGUAAAGCUCAUUUGGCUGGCAAGAAACUUAGUGCCCAAUUCCUAUAUUCCAAGAUGGAUUCAGAUGACAACAGUUACUUAGGGCCAUUCAUCCAACCACAGGUGGCAUUGGAAGGAUCAAAAUUACCUCGUCAAGCUAUUAAUCCAGAGGUAUCACGUGAUGAUAUUGAAUGGAUACUUAUUGAUGGUACUCCAGCUUCAUGUAGUAACAUUGGACUUCAUCAUUUGGCCACUGAACCUUUUGAUCUAGUUAUCUCGGGCCCCAAUUUGGGGAGAAAUACUAGCGUUGCCUACAUCACCUCCAGUGGUACCGUCGGCGCCGCCAUGGAAGCGGUUAUCGCUGGUAAUGAAGUAAAAGCCGUAGCUGUAUCGUGGGCUUAUUUUAACGGUAACAAAAAUGUCAACAACUCGAUUAUGGAAAUGGCGGCUAGAAGAUCGCUUCAAAUUAUCGAACAUUUGUACGAAAACUGGGACCCUGUAACCGAUUUUUACAGUAUAAACAUUCCUUUGAUCAAUUCACUAUCCCUUGAGACAAAGGCAGUCUACACAUCAGUCUGGGAAAAUAGGUGGGGGCCCAUCUUUAGUGGACCUAAUGUCGGAUCAGCUACCAACAACAGCGAGAUUGAAGAUGGUAAUGAGUACCAAAUGAUUUCAUUUAACUGGGCACCGGAUUUUAAGUCACAUACAGAUUCAAAACAUCAUAGAUCUGAUCAAAUGGUAGACAGGGAUGUUAUUGAAGAUGGAUUGAUCAGUGUGACGCCACUUAGAGCUACAUUCCAAAGCACUAGUACACUAAAAGGUGAACUUGAAUUACCAUGUCCUUUGGAAACCCAGUUUGAGGGUGUUUGCGCUAUCACAAUCGACCCACAAGAGUAUAUCUAUUUGCCAUUGAAGAGUGCGUUUCAAAAAUGGCUUCCAUCACUUAAAAUUGUGUCCGAAUUACCAAAAAAUGAUACCGCUGUCAUUCACUAUGGUGAUUAUGAAGAUUUGGAUAUGGAGAGACUUGGCCAAGAUCCGCAAUAUAUUGCCAACUCUUAUAUCUACAGAAAAGCACUCAUAAGGAAACAUUACCUGACGCAGACCAUACAGUACUACAAAGCAAAGAACCCCAAUACAAUUCUGUCAAAAGCCUAUCUGGAAUCCUUCAAUAUAGAUCUGGAUUAUGCAGAAUUUUUGGAUGAUGCACUGGAUGAAAAUUGGGAACUAAGGCAGGAAUUGGAGUCUGAGCAAAAGUGGUGGAUCCUAAAACCUAGCAUGAGUGAUAAGGGCCAAGGAAUUAGAGUUUUCAAGACAAUUGAUGAUUUACAGACAAUUUUUGACUCAUUCGAUGAAGACGACACUGACGAUGAAAGUAAUGUACAGGAUGAUAAUAAGAUUAUCAUAUCUCAAUUACGUCAUUUCAUUAUACAAGAAUAUUUGGAUAAACCUUUACUACUUCCUUCCAUGGGUAAUAGGAAAUUUCACAUCAGAUGCUAUAUCUGUUGUCAAGGUUCCCUCAAAGUUUUUGUCUACAACCGGAUGUUAGCACUAUUUGCUCCAAAUCGUUUCAUACCACUGGAGCAAGGUAAAUACUCACCUACUAGUGUCGACGAUCUAGUUUGUCACUUGACAAAUACAUGUUUGCAGUCCAACAAGGCAAAGAAGAGCUUAUCGGUGGUAGAGUUUGACGCUUUAGACGAAAUAUCGUCCGCGGAUAAGACAAAAAUUAAAGAACAAAUCCACCAAAUAGCGCAUGAUGUCUUUUUAGCGGCUAUGCAAGUCAACAGUCUUAACUUUCAGCCACUCGCCAACGCUUUUGAGACUUUUGGGGUCGAUUUUCUAGUGGGCGAGAACUUGGAAGUUAAAUUAUUAGAAAUUAACGCCUAUCCGGAUUUCAAGCAAACUGGAGAUGAUUUAAAGGAUCUUAUCAAUGACUUAUUUGACUGUACUAUUGAGAAAUUGAUCUACCCUCUAGCAACUGGCAAAGAAGUGCGCAACGCGAAUGAAAAGAACAAUUUAGUUGAGGUUCUCGAUUAUUCUGCUAAUAACUGGCAAUGA